GUGUGUGUGAAGCCCCCCGUUCCCUCUGCCUGAGCCUCCUCCUCUGAAGCAGUCACCAGUGUGUGGAGCCUGCCCCACACCCAUCACCUGCCAAACCACGGCCUUUACCUGUGUCUUUCGGUGUUUCCCGUGCGACCCAUCCUGUGGGAGUGCCUCCUGGGCCACCCCAGAGUUCACGCAGCGCUCAGUGGCUCCAAUGGUGAAGAUGACAAGGUCCAAGACUUUCCAGGCAUAUCUGCCUUCGUGCCACAGGACCUACAGCUGCAUUCACUGCAGGGCUCAUCUUGCCAACCACGAUGAGCUCAUUUCCAAGUCCUUUCAAGGAAGCCAAGGACGAGCGUACCUCUUCAAUUCAGUAGUUAAUGUGGGUUGUGGCCCUGCAGAGGAGCGGGUGUUAUUAACAGGAUUACAUGCGGUUGCAGAUAUUUACUGUGAAAACUGCAAAACCACACUGGGUUGGAAAUACGAACACGCUUUUGAAAGCAGCCAGAAGUAUAAAGAAGGCAAAUACAUCAUUGAACUAGCUCACAUGAUCAAGGAUAAUGGCUGGGAUUGAACGGAAAAAGCCCAGCCCUACCAGCGUGUAAGAGAAUGCCAUCCAACCGAACAUUAUAUCCAAGAGUGAGAGAGUGACUGAACGCUUGGUUCCAUGCAUUUAGAGGCUCUGCAAUUCGGGAGCAUCUUCACACCCUUCUCCAUCUUUAUUGGUGACUGGCCUCUAAAUUUCUGUCUCUCUGUCUCUUUGCUUUGUAUCUGUUUGUGAGUUGACCCUGGCUGCUUCUCUCUCUGUUCUGGCAUUGGCUAAGAGAAUGCACCGAAUGCCCGACAGCCAUUCCAUGUUGACGAAUGUUUAAGUACAAACUGAAGUUGGCUCUGUGGUGGCAUUUUAUCAGAAGGUCUUGGUGCAGGCGGAGGACACGAGUUUUGGGCAGGAGAAGGUGAUAGGGAGUGGGGAGUGGGCCCAGAGGGAAGUGAUCAGAAGUUGAAGCUGUACUUCUCCUUUAAGUCCUGGUUAACCAAGGCUUGAAACUAUCUACUUGUCUAAAUGGACAGAAAAAUACCUCACGGCUGUGUUCUCUCCGAAUCGUAAAACCGCUGCUCCAUCGGUGGAGCUUCAGUCUAAGCCGGCUGAGCACAAGUCAUAACCAGUUCCCCCCGCAAGCUAAUCGCAAAUCUGUGUUUUGUUUGCCAUUUAUGAGCUUGUUGUUGGAGGGGGGGACCUGAAGGCUGGAGAGAUUCCUUGCCUCUCCUUUUUGUCACUGUUUCAGGGUAGGUGGGCCAAACAUCCCAACAGAGCAAAGCUGUGGGGAGCAUCCUCACAGCUGGAGAAACCAAAUCCUGACUCUUGAGCCCUUCAGAGAGGAGGAGAAGAGCGCUUAAGGCACAAUGGGGCUGGAGCUG